CGACAUCUGCGAUGGUGAUCCCUUAAUUGCAACACAGACGGACUGAAUCAGAGCCAGGAGCAUCGUUGAUAUUCCACUUUGACCGGGGCGGAGCUUUGGUCUCCGCCGCCACCAUUAUAGGAGUACCUACGAUGUAUAAAAGGCCACGAUGGAUACCGAAGGCUAGAAACACAAUGGUCCGUGUUCAAGCUGAACAUUUCGUUUGCCAUUCCGUUGUGGCAAAGCAUCAUGAAGUUUCUUGAUCUUCUUCUCGGCGCCUCGACGGUUGCUACCGUCCUGGCAGCCCCGACACUGGAGCCAACGCCUACGGUGAGGAAACGCAAGAGCAAGUUCCAGUUCACUGGUGUCAACGAAUCGGGCGCGGAGUUUGGCAAUACAGCACUGCCAGGUCAGCUUGGAAAGGACUUUACUUGGCCUGCUCACUCGGCCAUCGACACAAUGGUUGGACAAGGCAUGAAUACGUUCCGAGUCGCCACGAUGAUGGAGCGCAUCAUUCCCACCCAGCUGACGGGAACUUUCAACGAGACCUACGUCGCCGGACUCGAUGAUAUCGUUAGUUACAUUACUGGAAAGGGAGCCUAUGCCAUCAUCGACCCUCACAACUUCGGUCGCUACUACAGCAACAUCAUCACCGACACUGCCGGGUUCAAGGCCUGGUGGACAACGGUAGCUAAGCGAUACGCGACCAACGAGCGGGUCAUCUUUGACAUCAACAACGAAUUCCACGACGAGGACAACGCCGUGGUCGCGCAGCUCAACCAAGCGGGCAUCGAUGGGAUCCGGGCCGCUGGUGCGACGUCGCAGUACAUUUUCGUUGAGGGCAACUCGUGGACGGGCGCCUGGCACUGGGUCUCGAGCGGCACCGCCACCGACAUGGCCAAGCUGACGGACCCUUCGGACAAGAUUGUCUAUGAAAUGCACCAGUACCUCGACAGCGACGGGUCAGGCACCUCGACGACGUGCGUGUCGGGUACCAUUGGCCGCGAAAGAAUCACGGAGGCUACGGCGUGGCUCAAGGCUAAUGGCAAGAAGGGCAUUAUUGGUGAGACGGCCGGAGGUGCUAAUACGCAGUGUAUCUCGGCUAUUCAGGGCAUGUUGUCGUAUAUGCAGGAUAAUUCAGAUGUUUGGACGGGGUGGUUGUGGUGGGGUGGCGGUCCAUGGUGGGGUGACUACAUCUACAGCAUCGAGCCCCCGUCUGGCAUCGCUUACACGGGCGUCUUGCCGUCGAUCACGCAGUUCAUCUAGAUCGAGACUCUGUCUGUAAAAGCGAGU